AUGACAUACUGUGGAGAUCGAAAACAACUGAAGAUUGCCAUAAUAGGUGCUGGCCCCGCGGGCCUUGGCACUGCCAUUGAGUUGGCAAAGCUGCCGUUUAUCCAGUGGGACCUAUACGAGAAAAGAUCAAACCUCAGCGAGAUAGGUGGGGGAUUCACACUCCAGCCACAAACAUGGAGGAUACUGGAGCAUAAUGGGGUGGCCAAGGACCUUUGUGCUCAAGACUACUACCGGUCCGCAGAAGGACUCGUUGAGCAGAGACGAAACGGAAGGACGGGGGAAUUGCUGAUUGAGAAAUGCAACCCGGAAGAUGUGCCGGCAAGUCGACACAGUUGCCGCCUUGCUCGAGCGAAGCUCCAGCGUGCGAUGAUGAACAGCGUGGACGAAUCCCACAUAUAUCUGUCAAAGAGGCUCGUUGACUUUGAACAUCUGCCAGACAAUCGAGUCAGGAUCUUGAUUGAAGAUGGGACUAUCGACGAUGUGGACUUGCUGAUUGCUGCAGACGGGAUUAGAUCAUUGAUCCGCAAGACUUGCUUCCCCCAACAUACCCUGCGAUUCAACGGACAAUUCGUGUAUCGCACGAUUGUUAGCCAAGAUGAAGCAUCGAAGAUUGAAGGAAUACCAUGGGCCCCGGUAUUCUGGAAGCAUGUAAGCGGCUUGUACGUAUUUACGUGCCCACUCGGAGACAAUGACUUUGAAGUCACAGCCCGCAUUCGCCGUCCGGCAGGACACCAGGAACCUGUCAGCUGGGGUCGGCCAGUUGACCUCGAAGGAGUUCUUCCUGAGUACGAUGACUUCUGUCCCCCUGUGCGUGAGAUUUUGCGUCUUGCUGCCCGGGGUGACACACAGGAGUUUGCACUGCAUUCGGGACCUCGCCUCGACCAUGUUGUCCAUCAUGGGAACAUUGCUUUUAUUGGUGAUGCAUCUCACGCGCUCUUGGGAAAUUUUGGCUCCGGAGCCGGAUUUGCGCUAGAGGACGUGUUCGCUUUGACCAGGGUGAUUCAAUGGGCUUGGAUGAGGGGCAAACAGUUAGUUGAUGCACUGAGCUUGUUUGAUUCUAUUAGGUCUCCUCAUUAUGGUCGACUUUACCAGACCAUAGACAAAUUCGCCAACAUCAAGGCCGCUCUCCGAACAGAAGGUCUGCUGAUAAACGAUGAGAUUGCAGAGCGUGUAAGGCGCAUUUCUCUUGCUUCAGAAUCGUGGAUGUUCUACUAUGAUAUCGACAAGGCAGUUGAGAAGGUUCUACAAGAUACCAACGCUACCAACGCAGGAUCUGAAACAGCAGAAACGCCACAGCGGGCAAUUAGUAGCGAGGGUAACUGUCUCGGCCAGCUGGACCAAACUGUAACCGAUACAAGGGAACCAUAUGGUAUGGGGUUUAGUGUUUGA